UAAAAGUCUCUAGCUGUCCAUUCAAAAGAUGGGAGAGGUAUAGGAGCAUGGCCAAUCACGUUUUCUUCUUCUUUUCAUCGCCCGAUGCCACCACCCUUCCACCCCUUCUUCCUUCAUCGGCCGACGACUACCAUCUCCACCGUCACAACCACUAGCCGGUCUCCUCAUCCCAAUGGCACUCUCAACCGAUUGGAAGAGGUUCUCUCCACCGAAUACAUCAUGGGUGGCCCUCUUCUCCGAUCGGAUCUAAGACGAUAGGAGGGACCCAAUGGCCCUGCGCCCCUGCCAGAUCUCAUUUCAUCUUCACGUUUGUCGCCAGUCAUUUCUGUUGGAGGACAUAGAUUCGAGUCUUCUUCACAUAGCCACCACCAAAGUUUUCUCCCAGAUUCGGGAGACAUCUCCUCCAUUCCACAACCCUCUCCCAAUUGGGAGAUGAGUCACCACCAUCAUCUCAUCUCCAUCCUUCCUUCCUAGCUCCAGCACAGGCCCUUACAAGUUCCAGAUAGCAGAUUCAUCUCACGCAUCCAUCCGGAUCGUAACAUCUCUUAUUCGACAAGUUUUGAUUUGGUUGUUCAUUGUGUUGCUUUGUUUCAUUAGGUUGUUGGUUGAUCUCCAUAUUUGAUUGAUUGUAGUAGAUCCAAUGUUUCUUGCCUAAGAUGUCAUGUAUUAAGUUUGAAUCGUUUGACGCUUGCCAAGUGUUCGAUAAAUUUCGCCAAACACUACUUGAAGUUGAUUUGAUCUGGAUACUUUGAUGAGUUGAUCACUUGAAUGAAUUCAUGUUUGAAUGUGUGUACUUGAUUUGGUUCCCAUGAUUAGGAUUUCAUGUAGUGAGUUUUAAUUGGAUGAUGUUUUCAAGAUGUUCGAUGGAAUGUUUUCCUUAAGUAAUUAGACUUUAGUUUGGUAAUUCCUUUAGUUAGUUGUUUGCAUUGCUUGUUAGUGUUAAAUCCAUUAUGCUUGUGCCCUUUCUUUGAAUGCAAUUAGGAUAAAUUAUGUUUGGUUACAUUACAUGCUAUAGGUUUGUUGCUUCGAUUUAAAUCUAUGUCGCUGCUUUUAUUGCACUAUAUUGAUUAUUUUUUGACUCAAUAGAUAGUGGCAUUAGUAAUUCGAAGUGGGAAUGGUAUGCUUCUGAAAGGAGGAAAACAAGCUAGGUGUUCAAACAUAAUUCUUCAUAAGAUGGAAAUGGCGAGGCACAUCAUAGUGGUCUCAAAGCUGGAUUAUCUAGCUACCUAUAAUGCAAUGGAAACACUUCUCAUUCACCAUGAUUUAUCAAACAACCACAGUUUUGAGGAGCUUGUUCUAGAACUUAAACAUGAAGGAGUCCUCAAGGGUACUGGGAAUAACAUCAGAAAGCCAAAAAAAUAUACUUCAGCAGGUUAAGGAGCAAUGAGAGCUACAAUGGUGCCUUUUCAUUGAUAUUUAAGCAGAAAAAUCUCAUGCUGUUGUGUUGCUCUACCUUUGUUUUAUUAGUGUCGUUACUUGUUAUUAUGUUGAUUGCUUAUAAUUUUUUUUAGAAUACUAUAAAUAUUAUUUUCAAACGUUGACAAAUUAUAUAUUAAUUUUUUUUUGAAUUUGUAUUUUAAAUGAUUUAUAAUACUAGAAAAUUUUAUAUUA